CAGGUUGUAUGCUUUCACACCAAGAGAGGCCAAAGUCGACGCGGCGACCGCUUCCUGAUACGAAUACGGAGCGCAUUUCAUCGCAUUUCCAACGCUUUCCGUUAAAGGUUUCUGACUGUCACAAUGAGAUUAGAGAUGAUCAUUAGAGCGGAACAAAAGUAAUCACACUAUUGAAAUAGAAGAUUUGGAGUUUUGCUUUAUGUGACGAUAGUUCGGAGGACCAACGGCGCGCAAGUACUUACUGCUUCCAGCCAAAUUGCGUCGAGAGUGCAAGAGCAGUAGACCACGAGGGAGGGCGUAAAAUUGUACAACCGCGCGACGGUGGAGGACACGACCGCUGUCUUCCACGGAUUCUUGUUUUCUAUUGCUUUUUCAGAGUUCUUUGAAGUGUAGGGAUCUUCUGAACAAUCAUAGUAUCGCUUGAACGGGACGAUAAGAAAAAGAAUAAUUGCAAAGAGCAACACUGUUUGUCGUUGCCUUCCGGACCGCCAAUCCAAGAAAGGUCUUUGCUACGGCGCGGAGGAAGGCAGCCGCUCCUCGUUCUCUUCGGUGUGUGGGUCUCAGGAAGGGUGAAACUCAUGGGGCGACCGAACCGCGUCCUUGCCCUCGGGCCCCUACUGGCGCUGCCGCACCAAACGACCUUGGCGAUCCAACUGGACACGCCCCCAACUACUGUGGGUGGAGUAGCGAAGGUGGCGGCAACAUCUGCAUCGCCUGCAAAGAAGAUGAAAUCCGGAGCCGCAAAGACCUCCAAGCCGACUACAGUGGCGUUAGCAGCUGUGAAAAAAACCGAUAGUACGAGUGCAUCAACCACGAAGGGGGCCAGUAAGCAGCUUCCGAUCGUUGCAGCACCGAAGAAAAACCUCAGCCUCACACUGGUCGGAGGCCGUGCCGCGAAAAAGCAGAAAACUACAGCAGUCAAGAAAAAGGCGGUGGAUCCAACCUGCAAGUGUGUCAACUGGAAAUUACGAUCCUGUGCAAAGCUGUAUCGUAAACUUGGAAAUGAGUUGCACGUCUUCCUGCAUGAUGACCGAUCUGUUCGUUUCCCUAAAUGCGCAUGACCUAGUACACAAUUAGUGCGAUACAACGCAUUUGCAAUGCAUAGUUGGACCCCGAUGACGAUGGAACCCUUACUAACGUGGUAAAGAACAGUCCGAAUGAUCCUGAAAAUGCGGUUGCUGGCGGUACUAUCCAAUGUGCAUGUGUAGUCUGGGUCGUCUGGAACAAUAAACUUGUGAUGCUCGUCAAGUGUGGUUGAGUCGGACACUUUCAAGUGGUCCCAAGCAUGAAUACUUUUUCUGACGUUGACUCGAACCUCCUUUGCCGGUCAUCCAAUGCAGAUUCCUUCGAGAAUUAUGCAAGACACACAAUACAAGUUUCACAUUAUAGUUUGAGACUCAGACAUACUUGCAAUCCACAAGAACUCAGGAAUGGAUCACUCCGCAGAAGGACGACACAGAAUACGGAAAAGUCAUAUCACACAGAAAAAAAGCUAGCACAUCACGUUUGGAAGAAUCAUGCAAAAAUUUCUCUUGCUCAUGCUGAGCUCGAGCGCCACUAAAUACUUGCUAUGGUCCCUCCCAUCAGACGUAUUCUCGUGUACUCGUUUUUGCAUAUACAAGUCUGUCACUGCUGUGCUAGCUUUUAUUUUCUCUCUGAUAAGCUUACGUGAAAAAGUACAAGGGGGCCCCGAACUACGGCGAGUACUGUGCAGCGUGGGAGGAUAACACGGCUACCACGCUCGGAGCGACGGACGCAGGGUUGAUCAACACAGCGACAGGGGUCGCACCGGAGACGACGGGCAAGAGUGGCAUGCACGAGGACUGCGAGGGCACGGCAGCAACGCGGCCCAAGUGGUGUAUGAAAAAGUGGUGCUACGUCCGACUGAAUGGCAACGCAGCGAACACCGAUCCCCACCAGAAAGACAACGGCAAGAUCAUCACGAAGCCGCUCGACAGCAACGCACCGGGGCAGCCAGACGGGCCCAACUGCGCUACCCUAAGCGAUGUCACCAUCUCCAAGUACCAGGACAGCUACGUGUGGUGGUCUUACCAGAUCUGCGACGAUGUAGCCGAUCCGGCGUAGGAGCUGCGCACCUCAUCUUCGGGUGAAGCAGAAGAAGAAGAGCUUUGAUGCAGUCUGCAAAUUUAUACAAAAAGCGACGAAGAGUGGUAUUUGCACAUACAAAAAAAAACAAGUUUAGAAGCAUAACGCUUGUUCGUGUUCGUAGGUUGGGUAAAAAGACCUACCAGAUUGUCGCGCUCGCUUUUUUUGCAAAGGAAAACAAUUAGAUUAAGGACGACGUAGCAGUCCGCUUUUGCGGAAAAUAAAACACAAAAGAUUUCAGAAAUUCAGCAAAGAUGCUAAAGCCAGUCACAAAAUAAACUGUAUAUUGUAAUCGACGGGGGUACCAUAAGUGCGAUUACUCACGUUGCCAAGCAACAAACAGAAAGCAUAUUUAUGCCUUGCCCUCGCCCGGGAGAAGCAAAGGUAAAGGAUCUGCAUGACGAUGAUAAAAAAGAUACAGUUUGUCGACAAAUGCAUUGUACACAUAUUUUCACACGACAGACACAGCAAGCCUGUGUCCUUUAACACACAC